GGACCCGAAACAUUUCCAGGAACAUAAAAAAGCUGCCCCCUUUCCCACCCGAGAAUAUCAAACGACUCUUCAGAGCACAGCUCGGCCAUUCUAUUCUUCUCUCCUCUCGCCAUCGAAACCCCAGAUCGCACCUCAACCAAUCCACCAUUAGACAUGGCCUUAGCUAACUGUGCUUCCUCCUCUAGAUCCAAUCUCCUUAAACCUCUCAUCGCCGUCUUAUCCUACACUGAGACUCUUCGCCGUCCGAUCUCCACCUCCACCGAUCCCCUCACUAUCGAGACAUCUCUUCCCUUCACUUCGCACAAUUGUGAACCUCCUUCCCGUUCCGUCGAGACCAAUCCCCAAGAGCUUAUCUCCUUCUUCCGUGACAUGGCCACUAUGCGCCGGAUGGAGAUUGCUGCCGACUCUCUAUACAAAGCCAAGCUUAUCCGUGGCUUCUGUCACCUCUACGACGGGCAGGAAGCGGUGGCUGUAGGGAUGGAAGCUGGUAUUACUAAAAAGGACUGCAUCAUUACGUCAUACCGGGAUCACUGCACGUUCGUUGGUCGCGGUGGGACCCUUCUGGAGGUCUUCUCGGAGCUUAUGGGACGCCAGGGCGGGUGUUCAAAGGGGAAGGGUGGGUCAAUGCAUUUCUACAAGAAGGAUGCAGGAUUUUAUGGAGGACACGGCAUCGUAGGAGCUCAGGUGCCACUGGGCUGUGGAUUAGCUUUUGCGCAGAAGUACUCUAAGGAUGAGACUGUGACGUUUGCCCUGUACGGAGAUGGUGCGGCCAAUCAGGGACAGUUGUUCGAGGCGCUUAAUAUCUCUGCUCUCUGGGAUCUGCCUGUCAUUUUGGUCUGCGAGAAUAAUCACUAUGGUAUGGGGACGGCGGAGUGGAGAGCUGCUAAGAGUCCGGCUUACUACAAGCGUGGGGAUUACGUUCCUGGUUUGAAGGUAGAUGGCAUGGAUGCGCUUGCUGUGAAACAAGCAUGCAAAUUUGCAAAGGAGCAUGUCUUGAGGAAGGGGCCAAUUAUACUUGAAAUGGAUACCUACAGGUAUCAUGGUCACUCCAUGUCUGAUCCUGGCAGUACCUACCGUACUCGUGAUGAGAUUAGUGGCGUUAGACAGGAACGCGACCCAAUUGAAAGGAUAAGAAAGGUGAUAUUAGCUCAUGAUCUUGCUACAGAGAGGGAGCUAAAGGAUUUUGAGAAAGAAAUAAGAAAAGAAGUAGAUCAAGCCAUUGCUCAAGCCAAGGAAAGUCCAAUGCCAGAACCCUCAGAACUUUUCACAAAUGUGUAUGUGAAGGGUCUGGGAACUGAGGGGGGAAUAAUGAGGGAAACCUUCAUUUCACUGCCAUCCAGAACCCAUCAAAAACAAAGGGGCGCGACUGUCAAAAAGAGUACAAGCUCAUUCAUACAUGCAGAAAAUCUAAUGAUGAAGUCCAUAACUAGGGUGCAAGCCCCACAGUUUGAUUAUCCUCAUCAGUUUUGCGACAGUAGAAGCACUACACGGAGAAUUUCACACCUUCAUCGUCAGUUGAGGUCCCCUUAAAAAUUGCAACCUUCCCUUUGUGUUCUAGAAGUUUCAAUGCCCGCAUCAAAAUUGUGCGAUCUAUCCCAUGAAGCUCUGAGAUUAAGCAACAAAGAAAAUUUAAUCAAAGCACGCACAGCAUGAUGCUCAAUAAACAAUACUCCUGUUAUGUGAAAAUACAGAAGGCUUCGGUCUGUGAGCAAGAAUGAGAUGCUUGACCCUAUGUGGCGCAGACAAGGAAAAGAUAUUGCAAAUUAUGUCUAUUUAAUUACCACUUUAUUUAUAGAUAUCAAAGAUCUUUUUAAGCAUGAAAAGUUGUCCUAUUUCAGUAUUCCUCCUAGGUUCGGUUUCUCUUAUGAAAGUUUUUAGGUGCAUCGAGAGGACAUUAUUGACUGACUGCAGAUAAUUCAAUUUCCUAGACAAGUGGUUAUUUGUGUGAUCAUGCAGAUAAAUAGAACAUUAAAAGUAAUAAAAAUACAGAAUUGCAGAGCC